AAUAAAAUUUAGUUUGACGCAAACGCUACGACGCCGUAGACCACGUGUGGUUAUUUAAAUUUAUAUAUGAUUUGCUCAUCAGACUAAAAAAAUUCAAAAUCUUAUGAUAAUUGUACCUACUUUAGAAAAGGUGUUUGAAUGAUAUAGGUAUAUACUAAAUGUGAAGUGAUAGAAUAUCUGAAGAAACAAGCUUCCGGAUACAAGUAUACGUGUUGAGGUGCGGGGGGUUGACUGGUUAAUUUCAAGGGCGUAACAGCCUCCAAAUCGCAACAGAGAUCAUUCAGUUGGCCGAAAACGGUUCGGUCAGUGCAGUGUUCAGCCGGCCUCACUCGCCCGCCGGCUCGCGGUAACGCACGCAGCAAAACAGACUCAAUAUAAACAAUGAACAGUGCGAUCGACAUCCCCCACCUGUUAUGAGUAUUCCAUAUAAUAUUACAAUAUUCGUGGGCGGGAACGCCAAACGAUUUAGAAAUACCAUGUGGCUGUUAAUUUCCUGUUUUAUUUUAUUUGGCGCAAAAGCUUUGAAUGCUGAGACAACAACUUUUCAAAAGUGUUGCCCGAAAAAGUUAAAUCUUAUUAAAGUUGUUGUUGUGAAUAACGAUACCAAGGAAGUAAAUUUCAAGUGUUUAGAGAGUGAUGUCGAAGCGACGUAUAAUAUUUCAAACCGACACUUCCCCUUAAUUUUGGAUGAAGAUAUUGAGGUUAAAUAUGGAAUGCCCCAGGAUUGCGAUUUACAAUUGUUACCUAUACCAACAAUUAAAGAUGUCGACACAAUGAAAGAAAAUAGUAUAUGUUAUGAUAGACUUGUGGCAAACAUUUCUAACGAAGAGCAAAAACAUAUAAUCCCUAAAAUUGUUGCCCUGCAGUGCAUUAAAGAACAGACUGAAACUGAAGUAAGAGACGCAAAAAUAUCCUUAGUUAAAAUUCGAAAAUGUUGUCCCAAGGGCCAAAACUAUGACAUCGAAUACCAUUUGUGUAGAAAAAAUUUGGAAAAUGAUGACGAAGAGUGGAUUGCAACACAAAUUGAGAACAGUAAAAAUAGUAAUUAUAUUUAUGAGAUUGAAUUGGGAUUACACUGUAAAUUGUCGGAAUAUGCAGUAGAAUUAACCAAUGAAAAGUUUAUGUUUAGAUUAGAUGGCAGUAUGUUAAAUAUUGAGAGUAGAUAUGGUGCAAGCAACAGUUCCAGUUUUCAUAAUGAAUGGUGUAUAGACAGGGACAUACAUGAUCCAGACAAGCAAAUGAUUGCCCGAGUCUGUACAAAGAAUUGUUCAAAUUAUGAUGCUUUUUGUCUAAGAAAAUGCUGUCCCGUAGGACAGCAUUUUAAGCCCUGGUCGUGCGGAUUCAGAAGUCGAUGUGUCCCAAAUACUGAUGAGUCUGCUUUGUUCGAUUUGUCACCAUUUUUACCACCAUUAAAAAACCUUUCAAAAUUAGAUACAUACGGCAUCCGUUCAUCCUUGGAUUGUCCACAAAGUCGAAUGGCUCUCAAUAUUUCAUCGAGGGCAGAUCACCACGAGCUGACCAUGGAAGGUAAUCUGAAAUGGGCUCUAGGCGUCACUGUGAACUACUGUUUGGAAACCUUCGACUUUCGUCACUGCAAUGCUGAUGUCUUGGUCAGUGGGGUCACGUGUUACGAACCGCUUGAAGACAAGAAUUAUAAACUAUCUUUUGUAUUGAUGACGAUAUCGAGUGUGUGUCUUGCCCUUACGCUUGUAGUGUAUUGCGCCCUACCAGAGUUGAGGAAUCAGCACGGACGCACCCUGAUAUGUCACUUAUGCACCAUGCUGCUUGCUUUCGGCUGUCUCGCGAGAGUACAGUACGCCUACAUUCCUGACAACGGUACAUGCACCUUACUUGCAUACGGAAUCUACUUCGGCUUCGUGGCUGCCUUCGCCUGGCUCAAUGUGAUGUGUUUCGACAUCUGGUGGACAUUUGGGAAUGUUCGGUCAGUGCGUCCAUUACGUAAGGCAAAUGCUGAGAGGAAACGUUUUAUCUGGUACUCGGUGUAUGCGUGGAGCUCUUCUAUUCUCCUAACACUGAUCACAUUCUUAUUCGACAAGUAUCCAGUUUCACCAUACCUCGAUUCUAAUAUGGGAAUCACCAGGUGCUGGUUUGGAACAAUGCAAAAUGACAAAGACGACUGGCCACAUUACAUAUUCUUUGUGAUUCCUAUGGGCAUCGUGACGUGCAUCAACUUCGUGCUGUGGGUGCUGACGGCGCGCCAUUGCGCGCGCGUCAAGUCUGAAGUCCACCGUCUGCAGGCAGGAUCCAUGGGAGAACGAAUGAAGCGCCGGUUCAGGGUCGAUAGAGCUAAGUACCUUUUAACUGGGAAGCUGUGGGUCGUGAUGGGCGCAGGGUGGAUUUGCGAACUUCUGUCUACAGUCGCUGGCGAGCCUAAGUGGCUGUGGGAUAUCGUCGACCUCUACAACCAACUCCAAGGAGUCCUCAUCUUUAUCAUACUGAUUUUCAAGCCUAAGCUGUAUUAUUUGGCUAGGAAAAGACUGGGGCUGGAGAGACCAGACGCGCAGAACAACGGCACUUCAUCUUCUGGAAGAACAUCAUCCACCCUUCUGUCCCGCUCUAUCAGUGCCGACGAACGCAUCUCCACAAGAGUGUCUGUCCCUAACAACGCUAAAAAGAAAUAAAUUAACCACCGAUUUUUGGACCAGUGUGCUUCUAAGUCUGUGGCUUAAAACACGAAGCAAAAGGAUCUGCUAGAGUAACUCAUAUUGAUACUGAAUAAAAUCUUAAUUUUACGAGUAACAUACUAAAUAUGUUGAUUUGCAGCAUGAUUUGAUUUAAUAUCUUUCGUAGAAGGAUCAUGACUUCGUUAUUUAACCUACCAAAGUUGGGCGGUAUUAUUCAUCAUUUGUUUCUAAAAUAAAUAAUUGUGAUUGUGAUUACAGCUCUUGCUAUGAUUGACUAUAAUUAAGAAUUUAUAUGUUUAAACGCGAUAUCAUAGAAUUUUCGUAAAGAGCUUUAAUUUUUUUGACUUAAUUUAUGUAGAAGUUCACUUGCGUUACUCUCAUCCCACCAUAAAAGUCUUAACGUUAUCAUAUUCUAAUUUCUAAGGUAGGUAUGUUUGUUUCAGAAGCUCCAUGCAUUUAUUUUUUAAAGUAAAAGUUAUUAUUAUUGUGUAAUGUUUCAACCGCUUUUUUUUUCUAAACCUAGAUUAAAUUUAAUAUUUUUUAUUAUUAUGUUGAUUUUUUGAAUUUGCAUGUAUGAAUAUAAAUGGCCGAACUGAUUUUUCGUGUAGGUACUUUAUUUUAUUAUAGAAAUAGGUAAGACCAUAUUAUAUCUAUAAGCUUUUUUAUGUUGCGAUAUUUUCUAUUUUAAGCAGAUGUGGCCGUUCGUACUAGUUUGUUGAUUUUAUGGUGAAAAAAAAAAAAUCAAA